AGUAUCAAGAGCAUGGCAAAGAUCUUUGCAACAUGCUGGAUGGAAUGUUUUCUUUUGUUCUGCUCGACGAAUCAGUCACGCCCAGUCGAAUCAUUGCUUCGCGAGACCCUAUCGGUAUCACCACGUUAUAUCAAGGCUGGAGUUCCAAACGUCCCGGAGCAGUAUAUUUCGCAUCCGAACUCAAAGCCAUUGUUGAUGAAUGCGACAAAAUCAUUUCGUUUCCUCCUGGACACGUCUAUGAUAGUCGCGACGGCACAACGACGCAAUACUACCGCCCAACUUGGUGGCAUGGAGAUGAUGAGGGUUACACCGCCACAAUCCCAUCAACACCUGCCGAUCUCGCUCUUCUCCGCGAAACUCUGGAAGCUGCGGUACGCAAACGGUUAAUGUCCGAAGUCCCAUACGGUGUCUUGCUUAGUGGUGGACUUGAUAGUAGCUUGAUUGCUUCCAUCGCGGCUAGAGAGACAGAAAAGGUCGCACAAGCCCAUUUCGAUGCUCGGAAACGGAAACUUGAAGAGACUGUCAGUGGACCGCCUACGCCGAACGGCUUAGUAACAGAAGAAGCAACGUUAACAUCAUGGCCGCAACUACAUUCGUUUUCCAUCGGUUUAGAAAACUCUCCUGAUCUUCUUGCUGCAAGGAAGGCAGCCCAUUUCCUUGGAACUGUGCACCAUGAGUACGUCUUUACCGUCCAAGAAGGUUUAGAUGCUAUCCCGGAAGUAAUCUAUCACCUGGAGACCUACGACGUCACCACCGUCCGUGCGAGCACUCCAAUGUAUCUAUUGAGCCGAAAAAUCAAGGCCAUGGGCGUCAAAAUGGUUCUCAGCGGGGAAGGAAGCGAUGAAAUUUUGGGAGGUUAUCUCUAUUUCCAUGCUGCCCCUGACGAGGCCGCGUUCCAUCAGGAGAGCGUGCGGCGCGUGAAGAAUCUGCAUACUUCUGAUUGCCUUCGAGCGAAUAAAUCGACGAUGGCUUGGGGACUUGAAGCUCGAGUACCUUUCCUCGACAAAGCCUUCCUUGAAGUUGCUAUGAACGUUGAUCCAAAAGAUAAAAUGUUCCACAAGGGUACUAGCCAAGAAGUCGACGAGGAUGGGUGUCCAAAGAUGGAAAAAUAUAUCCUUCGGAAAGCAUUUGAUUGCGCACCAGAUGGCAAGCCUUACCUGCCCAAAUCCAUCCUCUGGCGGCAGAAGGAACAAUUCUCUGAUGGUGUAGGAUACUCAUGGAUCGAUGGCAUGAAAGAUCAUGCAGCAUCUGUCGUUGCCGAUGAGGCCUUUUCCAAGCGGACCGAACGUUGGCCAGAAGGCACGCCUGACACGAAGGAGGCUUAUUACAUUCGUGACGUUUUUGAUGGUCUUUUCCCGAGCGACGCUGCUGCCAAAACUGCUGUACGUUGGAUACCCCGUGGCGACUGGGGAUGCGCCUCUGAUCCAUCUGGUCGAAGCGUCAAUAUCCACAACGCGGCAUACGAAAGCACUGAAAGUAGUGAUUGAAAGAAGCUCAGAAGCAGCAUAGUGAUACAACCCAGGUCUAAGUAAGUGGAGUGAUAGAAAAGGAGAGAAAUAUAUAUGAUAGUUCGUAUAUUGAGCAUGCGGGGUAUUUGGCCGUUGACGAUAUUACCAGAAAGACAAAGAACUGGGGAAACAUAUCGUAAGCGUAAACGUCGAUAUAGCAGAGAUGAGAGCGAAAAGCAUUCAAAGGAGAAUUGAGGCAAAUACUUAUACCCACAACACCGGUAUAUAUAAU